CAACACUAUGAAUAAUAAUAAGUGUAAUAAAAUUUGCGAAGUCUGUGGCGAUAAAGGAAUUGCCAGGAACUUUGGUGUGAUGUGUUGUGAAUCGUGUAAAUCAUUUUUUAGACGCUCGGGUCGUAUGAAUAAGUCAUAUAGUUGUCCAUCAAAUGGCAAAUGUAAUAUCAAUCAACUAACGAGAGGUGUAUGUAAAAAAUGUAGGCUUCAUAAAUGUUUAGCUGUCGGGAUGAAAAAGACUACAAGGGUCUGAAUCAAUUAGAGUGCACCAGGGUUACUGAGCUCAUGGGUGCCGCAAAUAAAUUUAGUACUCCGGCGACUAAAAAGGAGUUUAUAUUAAAAAUUCAAAGUUUGGAGCAUUUGCUGAAAGACUACUCCUAUGUGAACGACAAUAUGGUUAGGAAUAUAGUCUCGUAUUCCAAGUGUUUGAAUGGUUUUAAUAAUAUCUGUGCAGAGGAUCAGUUGGCGCUCAUUAAGUACGGCUCAUAUGAUUUGAAUUCAUUUCGGUGUCUUAGGUUUUACGACAGACUCACUGAAUGCUUCGUAAUACCUGUGACCACGGACUUGACACUGGAAAUGAAUCUGAGCAUUUUCAAUCAUCAUAAUAAUUUGCAAUACAAUACAAUAUUGAAAUAUUAUUUCGACAAAUUUUUAUCGGACUGCGAUUACAGCGACACUAUAGCUACUGAAUUGACUGGAGCGACAACUUUAUUUGCUGCUGAAGUAUCGAUCGGAAACUGA